AUGGGUCAUGAUGUCCCGAGCCCUAAAAAAGGCGAGAAGUUUGCUAAUAUCCCCCUACGGGGAUAUUGGCAAAUUUUCUUCGUAUUGGAAUUUUCGGGUUUUAUGUGGUACCUCUCAAAAGGGGGAGAAGUCCUCGCCGCUGCUGGCCUUUUUCUCCACCAUUCUGUCUUGUGUGAGAUCAUCGAGUGGAACCAAAGUCUGGGUCUGCCGAUCGAUCUCACAUACGGGUGGAGAGAGGGCGUAAAGUUAAGCACCGGGCUUAAGCCGCCCAAGGUUGAUACCGCUAUUAACGUCGGCUUAUCUGUCAGUCGCGUUGGGUCUGCCGCUCAGUUGAAAAUUAUGAAACAAGUCUGCGGUAGUUCAAAACUGGAAUUGGCACAAUAUCGCGAAGUGGCCGCCCUUGCUCAAUUUGGGUCAGACCUUGAUGCUGCGACUCAGGCAUUACUCAAUAGAGGUGCAAGGCUUACAGAAGUACCGAAACAACCACAAUAUGCACCACUUCCAAUUGAAAAACAAAUUCUAGUCAUUUAUGCGGCUGUCAAUGGAUUCUGUGAUCGAAUGCCACUAGACAGAAUCUCUCAAUAUGAGAGAGCCAUUCCAAAUAGUGUAAAACCAGAAUUACUACAAUCCCUUUUAGAAAAAGGAGGUAAUAUCCCAUCGAUAAGGAAGGACUUAAAUUCAACUGUUUCGAUGGGACUAGACAAAUUAGCCACAUCCAAGGGAUCUAAAAAAAAGGGAAGUCAGAACUUGCUGGCUUUACUUGCUUUGCCUUCAAAAGAGGGUCUAAACUUUCCACUUGUACCAGUAUUGAGAUGUUUUGGAUUUGGAUUUGGAGUUGGAAGUGGUAUCAUCAAGAUUCACCACUAUUAUGAGAAAGGGGAGAUAGGCUUCCUUGGUCCUACUUACCGGGAAGACAACACAACGUUGAGCUGUAAGUACAUUAAGGAGAGUGCAAAGCACCAGAGAAAAAACCCAUCUUCCUUGAUAGGGGGAACUCUCUCUUAUUGUCUUGCUAGCUUGCAACCAUACCAUCUUACAGACCCUACAAUCGGGACCUUCUUUCUUACCCUCAGGGGGGAGACCGGAUUCCUUUCUUUCCUAUUUAGAACUGCAGAUUUGUCUUUGUCGCUGGUUCGGACGUGCAUCGGCGGCCCCCUUUCCACUUCAAUCGUGGAAAGUCAGAAGCAAGAAUCAUUGAUUCCUGACCCCCUUAUCUACGACAACUCCAGAUCAACUAAUUUUCCUUCUAGUUGA